UUAAUUAUUUAAUAGUACUUAAAAACAAAUAAUAUAUAGGUAUAGAAAAGUAUGAUACAAAUCAUAUAACGUAUGUAUUAAACUGUCUUCGUAAGAAAAAGUUGGCACUUCUGAGUUAAACAGCUGUUUAAGAAUUAACAAUAAGAAGCAAGUAUACUGAUAACAACUGGCAAGUAGUAAAUCGUGGUAAAUCGUCGAAGGCCACCGUGAACAAAACCCGAGGAAGUCGGAUGUUCUUCAACCUAUAACUUUCUGUGUUUCCAUCAAACAAAACAGUUGAAAUAUGGAUAAACCUGUAUCAUCUGAUAUUGUACUCAUCGCAGGUAAUUCACAUCCAGAGCUUGCAAACCUAAUUGCCAAUCGAUUGGGUGUUAAGCAUGGAGGAUGUUCUGUAUAUCAUAAAUCGAAUCGGGAAACUAUGGUUGAAAUUGGAGACUCUGUACGCAGUAAAGAUCUUUACAUUAUUCAGACUGGAACCAAAGAUGUAAACAACAACAUAAUGGAACUUCUGAUCAUGGCAUAUGCGUGUAAAACUUCCUCAGCAAAAAAUAUUGUUGGUGUCAUUCCAUAUUUACCUUAUUCUAAACAAUGCAAAAUGCGUAAACGUGGUUGCAUAGUUUCAAAAUUAUUAGCAAAAAUGCUCUGCAAGAGCGGAUUAACUCAUAUAAUUACAAUGGAUCUACAUCAGAAAGAAAUACAAGGAUUUUUUGAUGUUCCAGUGGACAAUUUACGUGCAAGCCCUUUUUUACUUCAAUAUAUUCAAGAAUCUAUUCCAGAUUACCACAAUUCUGUAAUAGUUGCCAGAAAUCCUGGCAGUGCUAAGAAAGCAACCAGCUAUGCGGAAAGAUUACGUUUGGGUAUAGCAGUGAUUCAUGGAGAACAGCGAGAAGCGGAAUCAGACAUGAAUGAUGGACGUUAUUCCCCACCUGCCUUAGCUUCUCGAACAAUGGAAGUUGGAGUUGGUGUUCCAAUGCAUCCUGCAAAAGAAAAACCACCAAUUAAUGUUGUAGGAGAUGUGGGUGGACGGAUAGCUAUCAUGGUGGACGACAUGAUAGAUGAUGUACAAUCAUAUGUAGCUGCAGCAGAAGUUCUGAAAGAGAGGGGAGCAUACAAAAUUUAUGUUUUAGCUACACAUGGACUUUUAAGUUCUGAUGCUCCAAGAUUAAUCGAAGAGUCUCCAAUUGAUGAGGUUGUUGUAACAAACACAGUACCUCAUGAUGUUCAAAAAAUGCAGUGCCCAAAAAUAAAGACUGUUGAUAUCAGUAUUUUACUGGCAGAGGCUAUUAGACGUAUUCACAAUAAGGAAUCUAUGUCGUAUUUAUUUAAAAAUGUAACUUUGGAGGAUUAAGAAAUAUAAUGAACUAAUAGAUCUUAAAUAUAUUAAGAGUUUCCGCACCUGGGGACCAUACUC